AUGAAAGCAGAAGAAAUUCAAGAAAUGUUUCAAUGUCGUGAAGAAAACAUUAAACCAAUUCGAAUUAUUGAUAGUUAUGCUUAUAACAAUGCUACUACAACCACACCAAUUAUUAAUCGACCAGAAGUUUUAUACGGGCCUGAGCGCAUAAUACCAUGUGCUGAAAAUCCAACAUGGCAUAUAGAACCUUAUUUAGAAGAGAAAUCUCAUCCGUGGUUAUACCCACAAGGAAAAGGAGGUGAAGCUGAUCCAGAGCGACCUUUGGAUAUAAAUCUACGAGAUUAUUAUAAGCAACGCUUAAAAUCCUCUGACAAUCGCUGGCAGAAGGAUCCGGCAUGGAGUUUUAGAGCACUUAAUUUAUUACAAAGGGAAGAUUUGCGUAAAUCAGUGAAUUAUCAUGCACGAAAAAAAUAUCAAGAUGGGAAAAUGUGUUAUUUAAUUUAUCAAGAUGUAGGUACGGCUAUUCGUGGUUCUUCAGUAUUUUGGGAUAAAUCAAGACGUCAUCUUAGAUCUAUGUAUGCUACAUUAGGUAAACCUUUUAUUUUUCUUUCAAUAAAUCUCCAAGAUGACGUGGAAUUUUUAACCAACAUUAAUACUGAUAAAUUUGGUUCAAUUAAUUGUCCUAAUUGGGAAGCAACCGAUUCUUUAAACGAUGAUGAAUAUCUCAUCUGCUUUGAAGAAUAUAUUAAAGACAAGCAUCAUCCAUUCCUAAUUGAUUAUGUUGUUUUUAAUUAUUUUUUAAAAAUUGAAUUUCAACGCGAUGGAUUACCUCAUUUACAUGCAUUAUUAUGGGUUGAAAAUCCUUCUUCUAUUGAUACAGCUGAAGGACGUCAAGCAAUAAUCGACUUUGUUGAUAAAUUUCUUACUACUGAAUUACCUGCUCCAGAUACCAAUCCAGAUCUUUGUAAGUUAGUUCGAAAGCAUCAAUGGCAUACACAUACAUUUACCUGUAGUAAAAAUAAACCAAUUGUUCGAAUUCGUAGAGGAAAAAAACAAUUAAUACCUGAAGUAAAAGACCAAGACGGAGAUAAUUUACAUGAUACAAAUCCUGUUAACCGAAAUAAUGAAGAUGAAAUAUAUGAAAAAGUAGAUGCAGAGAAUGAUUUUGAUUUGAUUCAAACAAAUAUUGAAAGACGAGAAUUUUUUGAACGAGCUCGAUGUCGAUUUGGCAAGCCGGAUCUAUUAGCUGAGAAGACACAUUUUCGUACUUACAAUCAGGCUAGAAUAUUGACACGUGGUGAUCGUGAUAUUAUCAUGAAAAGAACAACACAAGAAUCACGCCGAAUUGUACCAUAUAAUAUGAAUUUACUGAAAACAUUUAGAUGUAAUCAUGAUAUUCAAAUCAUAACUGAUCCUUGGGCAGCAGCUGAGUAUCUGUUUUCUUAUGUUAGCAAAGAGGCACAUAUGGAAAAAGAUCUCGUCCAUAAACUAGCUGGAUGUACAUGUUCAAGUGUUGAAGAAGCAAAAAAAGUUUUAUUAAAAGCAGGAAAUGCCGUUUUAUCACACAGACAGGUUGGAAAAAUCGAAGCUGCUUGGUUAAUCUUAGGGAUUCCAUUGUAUCGAUGCUCAAUGUCUACUAUUCACUUAUACAUAUCUUUGCCGUGCAAUGAAGAUCGUAUAUUAAAAAACGUAAAUGUAAAUGUCGAUUCUAUUAGUGAAGAUGAUUUUUUUACUACAAUCAUUCAUCGAUAUUCACAACGACCUUUAACACCUGAAGUUAUAAAUGAUUUGACUUUGUUUGAGUUUGCUGUUUGGUUUACAAUCGAUACUAUUAACUUUUCACAACAGCACUUAGAAAACGAUACUUUAUCAGUUAAUCCAUUAUGGCGAACCAAAUAUGAUCAAGCACCGCUAUUGAAAACAUCAAGAAUACUUCCACAACCAGAGAUAAAUGAACUGCAUCAAAUACUGUUAAAACAUCAAAUACAGAUUUAUGAUCGUAUUUUAACAUUACCCGAAACGUAUCGCAUUCAACUAAAAAAUCUCUUAAACCAUUUAAUAAAUAUUGAUAAAGAAAAGUAUAAAAUUAAUCCUCGUGAAUCUUAUAUAUUUACAAAUCCAAUAAAUGAAGAAGACGAUACAAUAUCUAAAAGGUCAGAAUCUAUUAAUGUUGAAGGAUCAGUAAUUCAUAAUGAAGAUAAAUUUAUUACAAAUGUCAACAAUAACACAUGUUUAACGUCUCAAGUAUCAAUAGACUUACGAAAUACUGCAAAUCCUCAGCAGAAAUAUCUUAUUGAUUUUAUUCAAAUCUAUCUUAAUCACUUACUAAGUAACUCUAGACGUCCAACACAUGUAACAAAACCUAGACCAUUUCAUAUAGUUGUAAAUGGUUUGGCAGGAUCUGGAAAAUCGUAUGUUAUUUCUAUAAUUGAAAAUAUGCUAAAGGAAUAUUGUAUUGCUGAAUCCGCUAUAAUUUCACGCCUUCGAAAAAAAUUUGGUUUACUUAAAAUGGCUCAUACAGGAAAAGCUGCAUUAAAUAUUUGUGGAUCUACUAUACAUACCGCUCUUGAAAUCUGUCCCGAUGGAAGUUCAGCACCUAACAAACUGAACUCUUUUAAAGUUCAUACGUUAAGAAAUAGAUUCAAUGGAUUAUUAUUAAUUAUCAUCGACGAGAUAUCACUUGUUUCACAUGCAUUGUUUCAAAAAAUUAAUAAGCGUCUUAAUGAAAUAUUCCGUACAUCAGACAAAUGUGAUGUAUAUUUUGGUGGUAUACCAAUGAUCGUAUUUGGAGAUAUGGCUCAAAUUGAACCAGUUGCAGCUAAACAAGUAUUUUAUCGACCAUUAGGAGAAUUUUUUUCACUGUGGCAUGAUUUAUUUCGACCUAUAAACUUUGAUAUCAAUAUGAGACAAGGGGAUGAUCGUGUAUUUUUUAAUUGUUUGUGUCGAAUGAGAAUAGCUACAAAACACUUGACAAGUAUAAGUCAACAAGAUAAUCCUCAAGAAUACAAAGAUCACUUAAAAGAGUUAAAUUCAGCAACUUUUGAAGAUGCUAUUCACGCUUAUGGACUCCGAAAAUCGACGAAUUUAAGAAACAUAGAAAAAUUGAAACAGCAUGCCUCUAAUACAAAAAACCCUAUAUAUAUGAUUAAUGCUGUCGAUAAAGUAUCUAUGAUUAAUACACCAUUUUAUAAAUCUAGUAAAGUAAGUCAUAAAGCAUGUAAAAUUAACCUAAAACCGUCGAGUGAUGAAAAUAAAUGUGGUUCACUAUACCAACGUUUACCUAUUUGUAUUGGUGCACGUGUUAUUAUAAGGCGAAAUAUUGAUCAAGAUAACUAUGUUGUUAAUGGAACCGACGCUGUCGUGAAAGAGAUCGUUUGGGAAGAUUCUACAGACUUCCUUUUACCACCAACAACAAAAGACGAUAUAUUUUCUGCUUUGUCAAAUGGUAUCAAUACAAAAGUACCAAAAUACGUAGAACUAACACUAUCAACUGGACAAACAUAUAAAUUAGAGCCACAAGAAACGCGUUUCAAUGAUAUGAACACCAUAAGCAUGUCUCGUUUACAACUACCACUUGCUCUCGGUUACACUAUAACAAUACAUCGAACUCAAUGUAUGACAUAUCCGAAGUUAGUUAUCGAUCUUGGUGAUAGAUAUUGGAAACCUGGCAUGUUUUACACUGUUCUUAGUAGAACACGUCAAAUAACAGAUAUUAUAAUAUUAGCAUAUGAUCCAAAAUCUUUUAAGGCAUAUAGUUUAAAAGAAAUUGAGCGUUUAAAGCGGAUUGAAGAAGAACAACCUAUUCAAAUCGAUGAUUACUUAUGCGAAAAUAAUGACAUUACCACUUCAAAAACUAUUUAUGCAUCCAAUUUGACUGAUGUAAAAGAAUCGAAUAGAGAACUAGAAGGAAAAUUAGAAUAUCCUACUAAACGUUUUAAAACUGCAAAUAAUAUGAAUGUUGAUAAUGAGUACAAUCAUGUUGAUGAUAUCAUUACUCCUGAAGAUGCAAUUAUUUGCGAAAGACAACAAGAUCUUUUUUGUGGUCGUCAUGCUCUUAGAGCUCUCUUACAAGAUACAGAAAUUUUUGAUGAUAUAUAUUUAACUGGCUUAGCAGAAGAAUUAGCAAAACAAGAACUGCAAGUUCGUGAUCGUUUAUCAACAUUUGAAAAUUUUUAUUCAACUAAUAGUGAAGGCUAUUAUCAUAUCCAAGUAAUUCAAAACGCACUUGAGCACCAAUUUAACAUUGAACUUGUACAAAUAAAUACUCUAAGUAAAGACUCCUGUUCACAUCGUAAUAUAAUUAUAAGUCAUAUUCAUGAUGUACAAGCUUUGUUUAUACACCAGAAUGAUCAUUAUUUCUGUCUUCGACGAUUUAAUGGGAGCCUUGAUUAUUAUUUUAUUAUUGAUUCUCUAAGACCUAAGAAGCAUCAAACUAUACACCGAAAUCGUAUUCAUGAUUAUAUCAAGUAUCUCGAUGAGCAUGAUAGUUCAAUAUAUGUACCUGUGUGUUCAAAUAUCUUUAAAAUGGAAAAUAUUCCACCCGAUUUAUUAUUUUCAAUGAUUCAUCCAUUAUCAACAUGUCCAGCCGACGAACUUGCUUUAAUACUCAAUCAUACUAGAAAUUUAUAUUUGAUUAAGAUUACAGCAACUGAUUGA